GCACAUAUCAACAACCUCCCGAUCGACAGCAAAAGGGCUUGCCAGCUUUUAGACGGUGACGAGUUAGGCCUCAUAGUUCCCGAGGAUCGACCUGAGCUCUGCGAUGGGGUAUAAGGUGACGAUAUUCCAAAAGACAGACGAAGAUGGAGAUCCUACUCGCAGACGAUACCGUGACCAUGAUAUCAAACUACGACAUGCCCGAGAAAGGUCUCCAAGGCCACAGACAGAGUGCGAUGUUGUCUGCAACCAUUCUAUUGUGAGCCGUAAACAGGCCAUCAUCGAAUGGGAUGCGGAAGAGCAAAAGGCUUACUUGAGAAACUGUAGUCAGAAUGGCACCAAAGUCAAUGGUGCUACACUCGAAGGUCGCCUGCAGCUUCGUUCUGGGGACAAAAUCACCUUGGCCAAUUAUGUUAGACCUCAAAAUCCUGAAGACUACACACGCGGGUUCGAGAUUGAACUAUUGCCCAUAGAAACGAUGCCGCGCAUCAAGCGUUCUAAGGAGAAUCCAUAAUUCCACAAGGACAAACCGUUUUAAUAGAACAUUAUUGCCACGAGUAAUACCAAAAACCACGCGAUAUUAUUAUUACGAGUAGGAAGAAGCAGAGAAAGAUAUGUUGAUAAAUUAGUUGGU